ACGUUGCCCGGCGAGGCUUUGCCUUGCCUCACCGCUGGGAUUUUAACGGAAAACUGGGAUGUCCCGAUUAACGAAACAGCUGUACCCGUUGAUCUGCCACAAAACCCAAACACUGGGCACAGCUGCUAGCCUCAGUACCGUAGUAAAGAAAGAGGCGCAGGCCUAGCGUUUGUGAUAUUAUUUUGUUACAGUUGUUUUAAAGGUGUCAUCGAAACUUAGCCGUAUCUCUCUUGGUUCUUGUUUUUGCAUCUGUUGUAACUGAAGUCAGCUGGGGUUGUCUCAUGGUUUCACUGAACACUGUCCAAAAGUAGAGGGAAGAGGUUGGUUUGAUGUGCGUGACGUCAAGACAAGAGGCACCAUGAGUGCGGAGCUUGAUGCACUGACUGUGGUGAACCAGCUGAGAGAUCUCGCUGCAGACCCCCUGAACAGAAGAGCCAUAGUAGAAGACCAAGGCUGUCUGCCAGGUCUCAUCCUUUUUUUGGACCACCCCAACCCACAGGUCGUCUACUCUGCACUAUUGGCCGUGCGCUACCUGGCAGAAUGUCGAGCCAACAGGGAGAAGAUGAAGGGCGAGCUGGGCAUGAUGCUGAGUCUGCAGAAUGUCAUGCAGAAGGGUACGUCGCCAGGGGAGACCAAACUGUUGGCCUCUGAGAUCUAUGAGAUCUUGCAAGCGGCCGGUAAAGAAGAAGCCGAACAGGCCGAGGCAGCAGCUGCCUCCUGCCAGCGUAAAGCCCACUUCUUCCUGGGCUCCAACAACAAGAGGGCCAAAACUGUGGUGCUGCACAUCGACGGACUGGACGACCCUACUCGAAGGAGCCUUUGCGAGGAGGCGUUGCUUAAGAUUCGGGGGGUCAUCAGCUUCACCUUCCAGAUGGCCGUCAAGAGAUGUGUUGUCAGGAUCCGCUCUGACCUUAAAGCUGAGGCAUUGGGCACAGCAAUCAACUCCACCAAAGUAAUGACGGCUCAGCAGGUGGUGAAGACAGACGAUGGAGGAGAGCUCAUGGUGCCAUUCCAGGAGGACUCUGAGGUGCUGGUGGAGGAGAACACGGAUAUCCCAGACUACCUGCCCGAGGAGGAGAGUCCGUCCGAGGAGCAGGACAAAGCCGUCACACGCGUGGGAUCCAUCACGGACGGCAUGGGCUGGCUAAGCACGGCCGCCAACUUCCUGACGCGCUCCUUUUACUGGUGACCACUUCCUGUGUUUCCCUCUCCGCUCCCCGUUUUCUCUAAAGUUCCAUCCAUCUGCAGCCUUAGCGUCUUUCUCAGCCUCGUCCUGGACUAAACCCUGCCUCACGGCCCUAUACUAGUCUAGACUCCCCCCUCUGCAAAGUGCACAGACCAAAUGUGUGCAACAAGUGCUGGACUGCCAAGUGGAACCUGCAAUAACUUUAACUUGUGUAUAUAUUGAGCUACAAACCCCACUACUGGCUGUGUGUGCACAACUAUAUACUAGCUGCAUAUGUAUCUCACAAGGCAUAGCCAGAGGACUUUAAAUCAGCCCAAACCAAAUACCAUUCUGGAAAUGUGUACCGCUACGUUGACGGACGAACACGUGGCAGGCUGUUUAAUCGUUCUGAGGCUGAUUUUGUAAGAAAAUUGGGAGUUAUUUUUCAUUUCUUUUUUUGUGCAUGAUUUUUUGUUGUUUUCCUCUUGGUGUCUAUUCCCAGUCAUCGUCCUUUUUACUAAAAAAAAAAAAAAAUUCAGAUUUUUUGUUCUUUAAUUUCCAAAAUAUUUUUUUUUUCCUCCUUUCAGUUUUAUUAGCAUGCAACGAGUCUCUUGUGCCAAUCUUGCCUGAUGCCUAGAUCUUUGAUUAUUGUGUGUGCCUUUUUGACAUUUUACUUUGAUAAUAUUAUAAUUACUAUUAUUAUUAUUUUUUUCAACAUUCAUUCAAAUGAUUCGAGAGCUCCAAGCAUGUCAGAUGUAACGUUUGUGCUUCCCACGCGGCCCUUAGCAGCAGCAGCAGCCUGGCCUGGGCUCCCGUUAGCUUUAAGCUCACAGAGGGUCAUCACUUCAGUAGAAAUGCUAAACUUAGACACCAGCAAGAGGCUGCAGCAGUCAGCCACUGGCUCACAUGCAUUCAAUGGUUCUAUACUGAGAAGUGCUUAGUGAGUAGGCCCCUUACUGCGUUUAGCUGUCAUAUAUCAGGACUCCUCUGAUGAUGCUAAAAUGCAGGAAAAAUCAAAUGGAGUUCUGCAGUGGCGUCGUAUUGACUGACAGCUCCUUGUGUUAUUUGCACAGACUUUAGGCUACCUCUGCUUUCAGCCCUCUUGUCGCACAUCAUCAUUAUAUUCAGUCUUUGGUAGCUUUUAGUAAAGCAUGGUGAAGACAAACACGUUAGCUGCCUGCUCGUCAAAUACUUCCUCCUGUUACCUGGACUUUUUUUUUUUUUUUUUUACAGUAUUCUAGCUCCCACCUGUUCAGUUCGACUUUUAGUUUAGCCAGCAGUGUCCUUAAAGCAAAAAUCAUGUUGGUGCACGCUCAAACACACACACACACACACACAUGCAUACAUACAGAGGACUCAUUAUUGCUGUCAUGAGCAGUAGUGAUAAACUGGAACAAAGGCGUGAUUAUGUACAUUUUGUAAAUUGUGCCUGAUUCCCUAAAAUCUCAGACCUUUUCAUGUGAAGGUUUUUUUUUUUUCUUCUGUUUUUCUAAUACUGGUUUGCAUUUUUUUAAGGUCACAUAAUAGGAUGUAGCAGCUAAUGCUAAUAGCAAGUAUUGUCCUUUUUAUUUAGUCGUUACAACCCCUCAUCUCGCACCAGGUUUGUUUAUUAUCUCUUCUGACUUGUUUGAGUGUCAUUAGCAGUUAUUAUACACAGUGCUGACCAGGCAACUUAUAUUAUUCUGAUGGUGCGGAGACGUCACAGUUGGUUGAGGUCAAACAGAUAGCAGAAUUGCACAGAAUGACCUGAAUAAUCUAAUUGAUGAUGGCUCUUCUCUGGACAAGCAAUAAUAUUUUAAUUUUUUUUUGCAUUAAACAUAGUGAUUAUACAUUGUCAUCAUCCAUCCUUUAAUAAAAAGGUAUGUGUUAAAAGUUAGGAUCAGCAUCAGUAUUAAAGUUACUUCUUUAUUUUUCCAUUUUGCACAGGAUUAAGCUCUUAAAUUGCAUCAUGUGAUUUGAUUUUUAAUAUUCGGUGUCUCGGCUCAUACUGCAAAGAAAUACUUGAACGUUUCUUAGAACUGUCCUUAUGUGUUGAUACAUGUGUACAUUACCCUUACCUAUUAGAAUAAUGGCAUCUGUAAGGUUGACAAACAACCACAGACUCAAAAAUGUAACUUCAUGUGUACAGACUUCACAUGUCUGUCAUCAAAUGUAAUGUAAUAUAAUGUAAUGCAGAUCUUAAAACUGUAGAUUCCCAUACACUGUUAAUGCAAAUGAUGAUAAACUUAAAAUCAAACAUU